GGCAAAUGCUGCCCCAGCUGUUUCCUGUUGAAAAUGUCUGUGUAAUGUAGAUAAAUGUGAGGGAUUUUCUCUCUAAAUCCGUCUCCUGUUCGCUAAAUCUCACUUCUCCAAAACGAGCCUGCGCAAUGGAACAAAGUCGGAAUAUUGAGAUGUGACAUUGCCCGCAUCUCAUCCUCUUUCUCCCCGUUUUUUAAUGACUUCAAACAAGUUCAUUUUCGCCGGGCUUUGACUUGCCGAGACCCGUGGGGAUGUCUAGCGCUCUCUCCUCUCAGUGGCAUUUAUGUGAUGUCUUCAAGAGUGCGAUGUGCUGUAUCUCCUGUAGCCACACCCUCUCACUACUGCUGUGUGUCCUCACCCUGACUCCGACGGCAACAGGGGCGGGACCAGAGACCCUGUGCGGGGCGGAGCUGGUCGACACGCUGCAGUUUGUGUGUGGAGAGAGAGGCUUUUAUUUCAGUAAACCAGGUUAUGGCGCCAAUGCACGGCGGUCACGCGGCAUCGUGGACGAGUGCUGCUUCCAAAGCUGUGAGCUGCGGCGCCUGGAGAUGUACUGUGCACCUGCCAAGACUAGCAAGGCAGCUCGCUCUGUGCGGGCGCAACGCCACACAGACCUGCCCAGAGCGCCUAAGGUCAGUACCCCAGGGCACAAGGUGGACAAGGGCACAGAGCGUAGGACGGCACAGCAGCCAGACAAGACAAAAAACAAGAAGAGACCUUCACCGGGACAUAGUCACUCAUCCUUUAAGGAAGUGCAUCAGAAAAACUCAAGUCGAGGGAACACGGGCGGACGAAAUUACAGAAUGUAGGGCCGGAGCGAAUGGACACAUGCCCAGUGACUUGGGUAGAGAGAAGGGAGUGGCCUUACCCGGUGCCCCUGUGGAAUGGUUCACUGUAAAACAAAACAAAGAGGAUGCUAGCGAUGGUUCGAAAAGCUCUUCACAAUGAUUUAAACCUGAGUGCUGAGGGGUUGUCGAAGGGGUUUGAUGAGGGAUCUUGUGAUUAUUUUAUACACUGCACCAUUCCAUAUCGGGAGGAAUUCUUUGUUAAUGCAAUGUAACAGACUAGUUUAGCUGCUGAGACACGAACAAGAGCUUAUUACACCUCCAUGUGUGAGCUGCGCUGCCCCUGGCUCCAGGAAAGGUCCUGGGCGUUAGGCCGUGUCUGACAAUGAGUGGUCCAUCCUGUCGCUUGAACUCUGUGGAGGUAAAUCCGUUUACUCUGAGAAGUGAUUCUUUCACUCCUCGGAUGAGACAGGAUAUUCUAACACCGGCCAUAUUUAACAGUCGCUACCCUAAAAAUAAUAAAAAAUCUGAUUCUCUUAUCUUGAGAGUUUGUUUCAUGCACCAUGCAUUACCACAGAUUUUUCUAAAAGAGUAAAACAAGGUUUGUUUUCAUUUAAAAAGAGCCGGGGGCUCAUUAUCAGAAGGUUUGAGUCUGAUCCAAAUCCUUCCAAAGCCCAAAGAAGUGUUGAACACCUAUCUAAACAAAUCAAGCACCAUUAGAUUGGAUUUUGAGGAAAGUGGGAGGUACUGUAGGUACUAGAAAAAAAUAUGAUGAUUUACCAGAAAUAAAUUGAAUCCAAUGUUUCUUUUGGCCGGGACAUGGUGCUUGUUUGGUUUUCAGAAAUGGGUCAUUGGGCGGAUUCAAAGUGCAUUUGGCAUAAAUGAGAGGAAUAAGUCAAAUAACGACAAGAGAAAUGCCACCGUGUCCAAUCCAGUUACGCAAUGAUCAACAUUUGAGGCCUGAGUUCAAGGUUAAGCACAAGUCAUGAAGGUUCCAUCAACAGACACUCUUAUAAAAACCUUUUUAAUUCUCAUGAAGAACUGACACAGUGUUCCUGGGAUCUGUCAAUAAGGAAGUCUAAAAGCAAAAGACAGGGAGGCUGGAACAAUAGUCAGUCGAGACAGAUGAAUUUAAUGAUUGAUGGAUCUUGGCCCGUGAUGUUUGGUCAGUUGAGCGAGGCUGUGAACUUUCGCUGCUCAGUUGUCGCUCGGACUUCGUUAUCUGCCCCGAUGGAGAGAUUACAAAAAAAAAAACUCUUCCGUUGCAAAGUCUGCCGGAAAAAUAAGCAGAAUAUACGGUUUGGUAAAUAUUGCAAACCAAAACAAGUCCUCCUGAAAUUGUGAGAUACUGCACACAUACACAAACGCAUACAACGCACCAAAAAAUAAAUGAGUGUUGUGUAACUGUGAGCAAGGGUCAAGUACACACAGACACACAGAUAUCACACACACAAAUGAAAAAGCCAGUUCUGAGAAGUCCCGGCUGUUGGUUCAAGCCUCCGAUGCGAAUUUCAUUUUAUCGCACGAACCGCGCAAGACGUCUCGUUUCUGGCUCCGCCUCCUCUGCCUGUGUAUAAUCAAACAGUACUCCCAUUUAUGUUAACCUAUGCAUCGCUAUCAUUCAUUGUACAUGAUGGUUUCAUAUAAAAAAAACUGUAUUAAGAAUCCUAUCCACUGUAUAAUGGUGCUAUUUUGUAGUUUGUUACUUGCAAGAGACGGCUGAGACGGACAGGUGGCAGGGCGUACAUCGGAGGUCUUCCCUUUUGCACAGCCUCGUGGCCACCAUUUUAAUAGUGUUUUUAUUUGUAAGCUGUCUCAAAUAAGGUAGUAGUGUAAGCGAGUAAAUGUAUCUGUGUGAAAUCUGUGAAUGCAUGGAGAAUUAAAAGAUAAGAAAAUA